GUUGGGUCCAACUCAACUGAAGAUUUUCACAUGUGAAUACUGUAACAAGGUGUUCAAAUUUAAACACUCCCUCCAAGCACAUCUGAGGAUUCAUACAAAUGAAAAACCUUACAAGUGUUCACACUGCAGUUACGCCAGUGCAAUCAAAGCCAACCUUAAUGUUCACAUGCGGAAGCACACGGGGGAGAAGUUUAGCUGUGAUUACUGUACGUUCACUUGUCUCAGCAAAGGCCAUCUCAAAGUCCAUAUUGAAAGGGUUCAUAAGAAAAUCAAGCAGCAUUGUCGCUUCUGCAAAAAGAAAUACUCAGAUGUUAAAAAUUUGAUCAAGCACAUCAAGGAAACGCAUGACCUUCAAGAUAAAAAGGUGAAGGAUGUUUUUGAUGAGCUUCGCUUGAUGACACGAGAGGGCAAAAGGCAACUUCUUUAUGACUGCCAUAUUUGUGAGCGCAAAUUCAAAAAUGAACUUGAUCGAGACCGUCACAUGCUUGUUCAUGGUGAUGAAAGGCCCUUUGCUUGUGAGCUCUGUGGUCAUGGAGCCACUAAAUACCAAGCCCUUGAGCUUCAUGUGCGAAAACACCCGUUUGUAUACGUGUGUUCUGUGUGCCUGAAGAAAUUUGUCAGUUCUGUAAGACUCCGUGCUCACAUCAAAGAUGUGCACACAGAUUUGGAGGAGACUUCUGUUUUUAAUAGCUCUAUUAAUCAGAGUUUCUGCCUGCUUGAGCCGGGAGGGGAUAUCCAGCCAGAAGCCCUGGGUGAACAGCUAGCACAAAGUGCAGAUGAAUUGACUGUCAUGAGCACUGAUGCUGUUAACACACCACAACCAUCUGCUGAUAAAGGUGAAUCAACAGCUACAGAGGUGAACCAUAAUGGUCAACAUAAUGGUGACUUAGAAAUUGAUACAGUCCCUUUGUUAGAAUUUGAAAAUCCUCCAGUGGAGAAUGUAACAGAGACCCUGUGUCAGACAACAGACAUAGCAGUCCCAAACGCUCAAUCCUGUGUAGCAUCAGAUUGCUUUCUGCUGAAAAACGGUACUUCUGGUUGUGAUGAGUUAAAAGUGUCUCCCGCAAAUGAAGAGGAAGUUAAUCACUGCAGUUCUGUAAAUGAGCAGGGUGAAGAAAUUCAGCUUUUACUGUCUGAAGACAGAAGUUUAAAUCCGAGUCAGAACAAUGCAAUGACUGAGAACCUUUCAGUCUCUGAAGAGAGAAAUCAGUCUGUUCCUUCUAGUGAAUCAGAAACAAGCAAUCCCCCAAUUCAGAAUUCAGCAGAAACCACAAACUCUUUGCCAGCACCAGAAGCUAAUGCAGCCGUCAGUCCACCGGCAGCCUCUUCUAAUGCAGUUGUAUCGGACAGUGGGAAUGGAGCUGUUGCUUUUAUGCAGAUCUUGGAUAGCUUGCAGAAGAGACAAAUGAACAUGGAGUUGUGUGAGAGGAUAAGGAAAGUUUAUGGAGACUUGGAAUGUGAAUAUUGUGGCAAGUUGUUUUGGUACCAAGUGCAUUAUGACAUGCAUGUUCGUACUCAUACUCGAGAACAUUUAUAUUACUGCUCCCAGUGCAAUUAUUCUUCCAUCACCAAAAACUGCCUUAAGCGUCACGUCAUUCAGAAACACAGCAAUAUUUUGCUGAAAUGUCCCACAGAACAUUGCGACUACUCUACUCCAGAUAAAUACAAGCUCCAGGCACAUCUUAAAGUUCACACAGAGCUG